AUGCUCGGAGCGGGUUUCGUAACCCUCCCUACGCUCCACAUCCUGAGUGACGCUGGCAUUGCAGUAACCGUUGCUUGCAGAACUCUCGCCUCCGCUCAGUCUCUUGCCAAGGGAGUUAAGCACGCUACCCCUAUCUCCCUCGACGUGAACGACGACCAGGCACUCGACGCCGAGGUUGGCAAGCAUGAUUUAGUUAUCAGCUUGAUCCCCUAUACCUUCCACGCUACCGUUAUCAAGUCGGCCAUUCGCCAAAAGAAGCAUGUCGUCACCACAAGCUACGUCUCUCCGGCCAUGAUGGAAUUGGACCAGCAAGCCAAGGACGCUGGCAUCACCGUCAUGAACGAGAUCGGCUUAGACCCCGGUAUUGACCACUUAUACGCCGUUAAGACGAUCGAGGAGGUGCACAAGGCUGGAGGCAAGAUCUUAACCUUCUUGUCCUACUGCGGUGGUUUACCGGCCCCCGAAAACUCGGACAACCCUCUGGGCUACAAGUUCAGCUGGUCCUCUCGUGGAGUUCUCCUGGCUCUGCGAAAUGCGGCCAAGUACUGGAAAGAUGGCAAGGUAGUAGAUGUUGCGUCAAAGGACCUGAUGGCUACUGCUAAGCCGUACUUCAUCUACCCCGGUUACGCUUUUGUCGCCUACCCGAACCGCGACUCAACUCCCUACAAGGAGCGGUACAAUAUUCCUGAGGCGCAAACCAUCAUCCGAGGUACUCUCAGAUACCAGGGCUUCCCCGAAUUCAUCCGAGUGCUAGUUGAGAUUGGAUUCCUGGAUGACACCGAGCAGGACUUCCUGAAGCAACCUAUCUCCUGGAAAGAGGCUACGCAAAAGAUCCUGGGCGCUUCCGCAAGCAGCCAAGGGGACCUCGAAUCUACCAUCGCGUCUAAGGCCACGUUCGACUCACCCGAGGAGAAGACACGAAUCCUUAGCGGCUUACGAUGGGUCGGCAUCUUCUCAGACGAGAAGAUCACGCCUCGGGGCAACCCGCUAGAUACUCUGUGCGCGACGCUGGAGAAGAAGAUGCAAUACGAGGAGGGAGAGCGGGACUUCGUGAUGCUGCAGCACAAGUUCGAGAUCGAGAACAAGGACGGCAGCCGGGAAAUUCGGACGUCGACCCUGUGCGAGUACGGCGACCCCAAGGGCUACUCGGCCAUGGCCAAGCUGGUCGGCGUGCCGUGCGGUGUGGCGGUCAAGCAGGUGCUCGACGGCACGAUCUCGGAGCGAGGCAUCCUAGCGCCGAUGAACUCCAAGAUUAACGACCCCCUGAUGAAGGAGCUAAAGGAGAAGUACGGCAUCUUCCUCAAGGAGAAGACUAUACUGUAA